AUGAACGAAAUCUCAAUCAACCUCCAGAAGACUCUCCCACCACAUCCUCAGCUACCAAAACUCGAGCCGCCGCACGGACGCCGCGUCUCGUUAGAAGAAUUGAUGCAUCCCUCCAAAUCCUCGCCGGAGAAAUUCACCGCCGAUAUGAUGAGACUCAUCCGCCAAAGCGGGGACGCGAUUUCAAAACGCCUCGCGUUUUUGCAGGAGAAUGGCGGCGGCGAUUCGAAACUGGAUCUCGCCGGAUCCGGCGUGACUGAGUUUAGCAUCUCCGGAGUUAAGGUUCUCGUAAAGCUGAAAAGCGAGGAAGAAAUCAGAGGACGAGUCACUUUCUUCUCCAGAUCCAAUUGCAGAGAUUCCACCGCCGUGCGAUUGUUUUUCCGGGAACGAGGAUUCGAUUUCUCGGAGAUCAACAUCGACGUGUAUAUAGAGAGGGAGAAGGAGCUGAUUGAGAGAACAGGGAAUUCUCAAGUCCCUCAGAUUUUCUUCAACGAGAAACACUUCGGCGGAUUGAUGGCGUUGAAUUCGCUGAGAAACAGCGGAGAAUUCGACCGGAGGAUUAAGGAGCUGCUGAAUGAGAAGUGUUGCGGCGAUGCGCCGUCGCCGGUGAUGUACGGGUUCGACGAAGAGAAUAAAGACGUUGUUGGAGAUGAGACGAUGAGAUUCGUUAAGGUUUUGAGACAGAAGCUGCCGAUUCAGGAUCGUUUCAUGAAGAUGAAGAUCGUUAAGAAUUGUUUCGCCGGCGGCGAGAUGAUCGAGAUACUCAUUGGUCACUUGGAUUGCGGGAGGGAGAAGGCGGUUGAAAUUGGCAAGAGGCUAGCCAAUAAACACUUUAUCCACCAUGUGUUUGGGGAAAAUGACUUUGAGGAUGGAAAUCAUUACUACCGUUUUCUUGAGCACGAGCCAUUUAUUUCGAAAUGUUACAAUUUUAGAGGCUCUACGAACGACAUGGAGCCGGCAAAUGCAGCAAUGGUUGGGCAGAAGCUAUUCAAGAUCAUGAGUGCUAUUAUCGAGUCUUAUUCGUCUGAUGACCAUUCUCGCGUUAAUUACAUGAGAAUCAGCCAGAGCGAGGAGUUUCGAAGGUACUUGAAUUUGGCUCAAGACCUUCACCGGUUGGAUCUUCUCGAACUCACACGAGACGAGAAGUUAGCAUUUUUCUUGAACUUGUACAACGCAAUGGUGAUCCAUGCUUUGAUCAGAAUCGGACGUCCAGAGGGAAUAAUCGCAAGAAGAUCUUUCUUCACAGAUUUUCAGUAUGUCGUAGGAGGCUAUUCUUAUUCCCUCAGCUCCAUAAAGAACGACAUCCUUCGAGGCGGUCGCAGACUGUCGUCGUAUCCAUUUAGUAAACCGUUUAUGAAUGCAGGUCAUGAGCAUGGUCUUCAAAAACUGAACCCAUUGGUACAUUUUGGGCUCUGUGAUGGGACCAAGUCAAGUCCAGUAGUGAGGUUUUUCACACCGCAAGGAGUUGAAGCUGAGCUUAAACGAGCAGCUAGAGAAUUUUUCCAACAUGGUGCAAUUGAGAUUGUGUUGGACAAGAGAACCAUUCACCUGUCUAGAAUCAUCAAGUGGUACAAAGAGGAUUUCAAUGAAGAGAAGAAAUUGUUGAAGUGGAUAAUGAGUUAUAUAGAUGCAAACACAGCAGGUCUUUUAACCCAUCUUCUUGCUGACGGAUGUGGUUCUGUUAACAUCGUCUACCAAGACUAUGAUUGGUCUAUCAACAGUUGA